AUGGAGGGUCUCAGCCGGCGCUGGUUGCCUUCGCUGAAGCUUUGUUACAUCACGAGGAGCCUUGUGCGCCAGCGAGCACUGCGGAUCCUAUUCCGUCGAGCGAUGUGGGCCAUGUUCCUAAAGAACGCCAUGCCUGCCGGCCCACCGCUGUGGGCUUUGCCUCCAAGCUUUCAGCGGGCGAGCACAACAACUGCUGACAGAACGCAUGACUCAACACUUGGCAAAGCGGAAGGCGUGCCAGUCAAGAAGCUGACGCGAUGUCACAAGAGAUCACAGGAGGAGUCUCAAGACGUCCAAGAUCUUGAGCUGCUGAAGCAACAGGCUGAGAAGAUAUUGUACGAUUUUGAGAAGGACAUAUUGGAAUACCUUGGAAUCCGAUGCGAGUCCACUUGGGCAGCUGCCGCAAUGCAGUGA